AAUAAAUUCUGGGUUCAAAUAAAAUCAAGCAACCUUCCUUCUUUUCUGCUUCAAAUACGUCAUAUAUAUACCCUCUACUCAUUGUGAAUAUAAAUAAUGUAAUGUAGUUUUUGUUGGGAUGUUUUCUAAAUAACCUUUCAAAGCAGAUAUAAUUUUACAAUGAAUGUAUUUUGUUGAAUGUGAUAAUAAUCUAUGCCAAGUCGUCUACCUUUAAAGAUAAAAGAACCACGAUCUGACCUGUGCCAAGCAGCUAACUGUUCACUGAUUCUAAAUCAAUAAUACAGUAAUUUUAAAAGACAUUUUUAUUAUAUUCAAACUAUCACCUUUAGUAACUUUUUACGAAUUUAAGGUAUUUAUUUUAAUAAUUAAUCAAACCGAAGUCAAUUGCCUAAUACUUAUUACUGCAUAAGUAUAAUCAAAUAUCUCUUUAGUCCAUCCCUUAAUGCUUAAUCUGUAACUGAUCGUCACUUUUUUUAAUAAAAUAAACACAAUGUUGUAGUUCAGCCAUCUUAGGUGUUCAGAUGUUAUAGACUAAUGUCAAUUAAUUCUUUUUAUUGACAAGUAUUAAGAAGUGUACAAAACAAGAUUUCCAGUAAGUUUAUUUAAUGAACGAAAAACUUCUCUGUUUUCUCACUACCGGUGUUAUUCUUUAAUCGACUGCAAUCUUGCUGUUUAUCGCCAAAACAUCGUCUGCCUUUGUAUUUUAUCCGCAAUGAACAUAGCGAAAAUGAUAACGCGAGCUACUUUUUUGUCACCUACUACAAGAACAUCUCUGAUGUCAAACUGGAAAUCGCACCUCAGGCCACUUAGUACGUUCAAUAUUCACCGUCAGAACAGUCAGUUGCAUCUCGUUCAAAGUCCGAUGGUUGAACAGAAAAGUCAAAAAGUUAACUUUUUACCAUCAAUUCGUAGUUUUCAAAAGUCAGCUGUGUACAGAGAUAUUGACACUGCAGCUAAAUUUAUUGGAGCCGGUGCGGCCACGGUCGGAGUUGCGGGUUCAGGUAUUGGUAUUGGUCUGGUAUAUGGUUCAUUAAUCAUUGGCUAUUCAAGAAACCCAUCCCUCAAACAGCAAUUAUUCUCAUACGCUAUCUUGGGUUUCGCCCUGUCAGAAGCCAUGGGUCUGUUCUGUUUGAUGAUGGCCUUCCUGCUUCUGUUUGCCUUCUAACAAGUGCCUCGUGCCAUGAUUGCUCAAAAUAACGCCAGUCGCCGUAUCCCUUAAUUUUACGCCUUAAAAAAAUAAUUCCAGAAUUUCUUCCGCGAUAUUUUUUCAAUUAUUUAUACCACCACUGUUUUCCGAUACUAUUACAAAUAAUGGUAGUUUUGCACUUUAACCCUGACAAUUAGGAUUAUAAAUAAUUUUAGGCUCACACACAUUUGUGUUUGACUAUUAUGUUGACGUAUUUUAUACUAUAACAUUAUAUCAUCUAUUUGAUGUAAAGUACAAACUUAGAAUGUAAUAAAUUCGUUUAUUUGAAUAAAUACUCUUCGUUUUUUCAUUUGCAGAGGUGUCGACUCAUACUGUCUUAGGUUUUGCCCUAUCACAAGCCAAGGGUUUGUUCUGCUUCAUUAAAAAGAAUUCGGGUUCUGUACUGCAAAGUAAUCAAACCGUACUCAUGUUCAAUGACACAGAAUUUGAAAAAGGAAUAUAUAUGAGCUCAUCAAUCUUAUAAAUCUCAUUCACUCUAAAUUAUUUUACGUAUUUCAGCAUAAAUGACGCUGGAAUAUACCUAUUUGACACCGCACUUAAAAACCGUUGGUACCUUGAAAUUCUGCGUACCUUUUUGCAUAAUUAUCGCUUAACAAACCUUACUAAAUACCUCCCACCUCUCAGUUAUUUCAAGAGCGCCUUUUUAUGUCUGAAUUAUUUUACAUAUUUCAGCAUAAAUGACGCCGGAAAGUACCUAUUUGACGCCGCACUUAAAAACCGUUGGUACCAUGAGAUUCUACGUACUUUUUUACAUAAUUAUCGCUUAACAAACCUUACUAAAUACCUGCCACCUCUCAGUUAUUUCACGAGCGUCUUUUUAUGUCUGAAUUAUUUUACAUAUUCCAGCAUAAAUGACGCCGGAAAGUACGUAUUUGACACCGCACAUAAUAACCGU